GCCAUUAAAAAGGGGGAAAAGCCGAACAGUUUAUUACUUAUUUCCCAAUUUCAGGUUCGCGGUGAAGCCGCGGGACAGCAGCGCGGGAGAUGGUUGGAUGACGAGGAUGAAGCGUGCGUUAUUGAAGCACAGACGCCCGGGAGUGACGCUGCCGCACUUGCGGGAGUCUAUCACCGCGCUGAGCCAGGGCCCCUUCUCCACAGUGAGCUCCUCGCCGCCGGAAUGUGCCGAGUCCAGGAAAAGCCGAGCGCGUGUGAACCCCCUGAACAUCCAGAUGUUGUCCCAGGUGUUGCACGAGCAGAUCUUUGGCAGCUCCAAGCCACAGGCCACAGAGGAGGCCGUGCAGCAGAGCAUUGAGCACCUCAAACACCACAGACUGUGGGACAAGGACAUCUCGGUGCGGCCCCAGGUGGAGUUCCAGCUGCCCAAGAUGUACGGCGACAACAUCGAGGAGCACUUCCGGAUCCUGGCCCAGAAGCAAAGCCUGAACUACCUGGAGGCAGCCAACCAUCUCCUCGAAUCCCAGCUGCCAGACAUGCCGGCCAAGUGGAGCUGGGCACUGGGCUGGACACAGUAUGGGCCGAAUGGGGAAGCGAAGAGCGUGGAGUUCCCCGACGACAGAGCCCUGGUGUUUGACGUGGAGGUGUGCGUAUCUGAAGGGCACUGCCCAACCCUCGCUGUGGCUGCCUCUCCAACUGGCUGGUACUCCUGGUGCAGCAAGCGCUUGAUCGAGCAGCGUUACACGUGGUCCAAGCAGUUGACCCUGGCUGACCUCAUCCCACUGGAAACGUCUGCAAACUGCAGCCGCCUGGCGAAGGGCGAGUGGCCAGAGAGGCUGGUCGUCGGUCACAAUGUCAGUUUUGACCGAGCACGCAUCAAGGAACAAUAUCUGAUUAAGGGUACGAGACUGCGCUUCCUGGACACGCUGAGCCUGCACAUGGCGAUCGCAGGGUUGACGGGUUUCCAGCGCAGCCUGUGGAUGGCCAGUAAGCAAGGCAAGAGGAGGGGGCUGCAGCAAGUCAAACAGCACGUUCAGCGCACCAACAGCCAGGCCAAGAAGCCAGGGGUUAAUGCCUGGGACUGGGUGAGUGUCAGCAGCAUCAAUAACCUGGCGGACGUCCAUGCUCUGUACGUGGGGGGCAAACCCCUGGAGAAGGAGGCCCGAGAGGUUUUUGUCAAAGGAAACAUGAAAGAUGUCAGGCAGAACUUCCAGGAGCUGAUGCAGUACUGUGCGCUGGACGUACAGGCAACACAUCAGGUGUUCAGUGAGCAACUGCCGCUCUUCAUGGAAAGGUGCCCACACCCUGUGACCCUGGCUGGUAUGCUGGAGAUGGGCCAGUGCUACCUGCCUGUCAACCACAACUGGGAGCGUUACCAGGAUGAGGCACAGGGCACGUAUGAGGAACUGCAGCGAGAGAUGAAGAAAUCGCUGAUGAACCUCGCUGACGAGGCCUGCCAGCUGCUGCAUGGGGAGAGGUACAAGGAGGACGCGUGGCUGUGGGACCUGGAGUGGGAUGUGCAGGAGUUCCGACAGAAGAAGAGCGUGAGGAAGAAGAAGAAAGCUGCACAGGGUGUUGGUGAGGAGAGCCGUCUGAGCCAGCAGCACACAGCCGACCCUGACAGAGACCCAGGCCCCCCCUCGGAGGACGCGGAGACCCAACCCCCGCCGAGCACCGUUUGCCUGGAGGGCUUGAGCGAGACAGUCCGUCUGCUCCCAAAGAGAAGGCAGCACCUUCCCGGCCACCCAGGCUGGUAUAGGAAGCUGUGUCCUCGCCUGCAGGAUGUGGCCUGGACACCGGGGCCCAGCCUGAUCACCCUGCAGAUGCGGCUCACUCCCAAACUGAUGCGUUUGGCCUGGGACGGCUUCCCACUGCACUACUCUGACAGCCAUGGCUGGGGUUACCUCGUGCCGGGGAGACAGGACAACCUGGGAACCACCUCCAGCAGCCCUGACCAGGCCUGCUGCCCACAUAGGACUAUCAAGCGGCUUUACCGGGAACAUUGUCAGAGGAAAAGCCAGGAGCUGGAGCAGCAAGUGCCAGAGCGGAUUCAUAGCCAGGACAUCCUGCUGACAGACAGCAACUUGUGGCAAAUGGUGGAGGAGGUCAGUCACUUGGAGAUGGAGGAAAUCGAUGGACUUGUGGCCAGAGACCAGAGGCAACAACCAGAACAGGAUGAAGAAGACGAGAUGGAAACGUCUGUCGAGGACACUCACCCUUCCCAUCACCACGGCAACGGACCGUACAAUGAGGUCAAUAUCCCGGGAUGCUGGUUUUUCAGGCUUCCACAUAAGGACGGAAAUCACCAUAAUGUCGGGAGCCCUUUUGCCAAGGAUUUCCUUUCUAAGAUGGAGGAUGGGACGUUGCAGGCCGACGCAGCAAACGCCACCAGAGCGCUGGAGAUCAACAAGAUGGUCUCCUUCUGGAGGAAUGCCCAGAAGCGGGUCAGCUCCCAAAUGGUGGUGAUGCUGAGGAAAACCGAACUGCCCCGACUUGUGGCCAGACACCCUGAGUUUGAUGAUGAGAACAGCAUCGGGGCCAUCAUUCCCCUGGUCAUCACCGCCGGCACCGUGACACGCCGGGCAGUGGAGCCCACCUGGCUCACAGCCAGCAAUGCUCGGGCAGAUCGUGUGGGCAGUGAGCUGAAGGCGAUGGUGCAGGUGCCGCCCGGGUACCAUCUGGUUGGAGCAGAUGUGGACUCACAGGAGCUGUGGAUUGCGGCUAUACUGGGGGACGCUCAGAGCACAGGCAUACACGGCUGCACCGCCUUCGGCUGGAUGACGCUCCAGGGGAAAAGGAGUCGGAACACGGACCUGCACAGUGUGACCGCAGCGACCGUGGGCAUCAGCCGGGAACACGCCAAGGUCUUCAACUACGCUCGCAUCUACGGUGCCGGCCAGGCCUUCGCACAGAGGCUUCUCACACAGUUCAACCACCGCCUCACACCCCAGCAAGCCGAGGAGAAAGCACAGCGCUUGUACAGUGCCACCAAGGGAGUGCGCAGGUACCUGCUGUCUGACGAUGGGGAAUGGCUGGUACAGGAGCUGGGUAUCCAGGUGGACAGGGCGGAGGACGGCACCGUCUCGGCACAGGACGUUCGGAGGAUCCGCAGGGAAGGAGCAAAAAGGUCCAGAGGUGUCCAAUGGGAUGUGGUGAAGCAGCGGCUCUGGUCUGGGGGCACCGAGUCCGAGAUGUUCAACAAGCUGGAGAGCAUUGCCACCUCUCUCUCCCCACACACCCCCGUGCUGGGCUGCUCUGUCAGCAGGGCACUGGAGCCUGCGGUGGUGGGAAAUGAGUUUAUGACGAGCCGAGUGAACUGGGUGGUGCAGAGCUCGGCCGUGGAUUACCUGCACCUGAUGUUGGUUUCGAUGAAGUGGCUGUUUGAGGAGUUUGGCAUUGACGGCCGGUUCUGUAUCAGUAUUCACGAUGAGGUGCGAUACUUGGUGACCAGCGAGGACCGCUAUCGAGCUGCUCUGGCCCUGCAGAUUACUAACCUGCUGACACGCUGCAUGUUUGCCUACAAGCUGGGAAUGAGUGACCUGCCCCAGUCUGUGGCCUUCUUCAGUGCUGUGGAUAUCGACGUGUGUCUGAGGAAGGACGUGACGAUGGAUUGUGAGACUCCCUCCAACACCACUGGGCUGCAGAGACACUAUGGCAUCCCACCAGGAGAAGCACUUGAUAUUUAUCAAACCAUUGAACAAACUGGUGGUUCUCUCAGCAAAAAGAAAUGAAGACAAAGUGGGAAACGUGAGUGAGAGUGUCUGGAGCCCCGGAGGAGGGAACAUUUUCAGUGUUGGGAGUGUCUGGCAGGGGGUUGGAGGUCUGUGGGGUUGGGGUUCGCUGGCACGGGGUAGGGGGAGAGAUUGUCUGCGCAUCUCUGCUGCUCCUUUGCUGGGACAGAGCAAAGUCUGGUACUGCUCGUUUCACCUCCUCUUCCUCUUCUUUUUUGGCUCUUGGUUUUCUCGGUUCUCCAGCUGCAUGAUAUCCAUUGAAAGAGGACAGUAUUAAUAAGAUAUUAAUGCUUGUUGAAUAAACUUCUAGUUUUGUUUAAAUCAA